GGGUGUGAUGGGAGCAUCUUCCACCGGAGGAAAAGGAGAGGAGGCUGCCUGAAUUGAGUUGCCUGGAAGCCCCACAGAUCUAGGGAAGCCCCCAUCCCAGCAAUGCUGCACACUAAAGCUGCCCCUCUGCUGCUGCUCCUCCUGGUGAGGUUUGGCGCCUGCGAAGAGAGGGAAGUGUCUCCCUGCAAGAAAGGCCGCGAGUGCUUCUCCUACACGCUCGUCUGCAACGGCUCCGGCUAUGAGGCUCGGCUCUACCCGCCCUCCGUCUGGGUGGCGACCCGCAUCAACGACGGCUCGGCUUACCUCCCGGCCCUGAUCCACGGCUUCUGGCGGCUCUUCCGCUACAUCCAAGGGAAAAACGCGGCGGGGGUCCACAUCCCCAUGACCGGCCCGGUGCUGACCCGAGUCCGGGAUGACCCUGAGAGCCGCGAGUUCGAGAUCUACUUCAUGCUGCCGGAGGCCUUUCGGGGGGACCCGCCCGCCCCCACCGAGGAGACGGUCUUCGUGGAGCGCUUGCCGGAGCUGCGCGUCUACGCGCGCGUCUUCGGCGGCUGGAUGACGGACACCAACCGCUUGGCGCAGCUGCAGUACCUGGACGGGCAGCUGAGCGCGCACGGGCGCCCCCUGCAGGCCGGACGGCACUACACCGCUGGCUACAACAGCCCCAUGGAGAUUUUCAACAGGCGCAACGAAGUCUGGCGAGAGGCGGAGGGAGAGCUCAGCUGCAGCCCCACCCUCGAGGAAUAAUUUUUGCGGCCCCCAUCAAGGACUCCCACUCCCCUCGUCUUCUUCCUGCCCCCCAAAGCAACUGCACCCCCCCACACACACACAGCUUGAGGAAUCUGGGUGUGGGCUGUACCCCUCCCUCAUCGAAUUGCAGGGGCUGGGCUAGAUGAGCCUUGAGGGACAUAGGGGAGCUGCUUCACCGGUCGGAGUUCUGCCUGUCUGUUCAGAGGCAGGCCGUCUCCUGCAGGCAAAAGGGUCUAAGGCACCCCAUAAUGCGACUUCCACCCUCCUGAGUCCCCCCCAGCCAAAGAAGUGUAUAAUGCGGGAGCUGGAAGGGCCCACCAGGGACCAUGUAGUCCACCCUCUCCUUGCCAGCAGAGUCCUAGGUAUCUCUUCACGCUCCACGCGAACUGCCUGCCACCAUCCUGACCGUUCAGAUGUUUGCUGCCCCGCCCCUGAAGAUGCUGGCAGAGGCUGAGAGAGGGGGGGGUCUUCUGCACCCCUCUGCAAAGGGAAGACAUAUCACCCAUGAAGGAAAUAAAUCGCAUUAUCAAAGGAAA